AUGGAGGAGGUGAUAGGUAAUAUAUCAGCAGGAGCCUUUUACAUCGGCCUGCAUAUUCCUAAGGAUGCUUUCCAAGCAGGCAUCAAAGAGCGGUCUGCAGAGGGUCAGAAAAGCUCCCUCGGCUACAGCAGGAAAAAGGGCCCAGUUAUAAUCAAAUCGAAAAGAUUCUUAUCCGGGACUCCAGCGCUGGAGGUGGGGUUUGGAGCCUGGCUGCAAGAAACUCUGAUUCGCCUGGAAACAAGGCAGGCCCGGGUGCGCCCCCUGGAGGCGCGUCCCUGCCGGCCUCUGCCUCCCGCGGCAGGAGACGCGGCAGGCCUCCGUCACCGUCACAUUUGGAAAGCGUGGAGGCCAAGAAGCACACCUAUCUUUGGACGUGAGGGGGAGAAGAAAACGUCGUCCUUCUGUGCUACGAAGCCCCGCCGCGAGCGUCCCCAAAGAUCACAGCUCUUACUUCACACCUGGCGGUCGCUCCUACUUCCUCUAGGGGGCGCGCUCAAGGGCAGGACCGGCUUUGGGGUCUGCGGCGCCCUGGGCUGUCAGCUCAAUAAUGCACCCCCUCUCAGGCUUAAAGUUUGGGAUCUAAGAGCGGAGAUCUCCAUGAAUUUCUGUCCCCAGCGUGCAACAAGAGCAGGCACGAACCCGGAUACGUUUGAACUUUCUGCAUUGGCCAUAGUUCCAAGCAACUUCCACGUGUUGCUCUCUUUGAUCCUUUCGAUAACUAUAAGAGUUUCCCUAGUUGAACCCUGACUGAUCCUGUGACCAAAGACCAGGUGGAUACCUGCUGGGGGAGUGAGUGAUGCCCUUCCCUGGGACUUGGCCAGUGGCUAGCUGCAAUCCUGGGAAGAGUAGGGGAAGUUGACUGAGACUAUGUUUCCAUCACCAACAGGAAUGAAGAGUCGAUGUAGACAUUUCCUUAAGAUAUAAUGAAAAAGGUAAUA